CCGCCGUAGAAGCGAAUACGCACCCUCAUCCGAGUCCAACAUAGACCAAGCAUGUCGAAUAAAAAACUCGGAACACCCAACAGCGGUCAAAUGACCCAGGCGAACUGGGACGUCCUGUUCAAAUUGAAGACUACUCCCUGUUCUUACCAAGAUAUUCGAGAUGCUGUGGACGAGUUCGAAGGGAAAAGCAAGGGCAAGAAGCAGAGAACGUGGACCCGCGAUUGUUGGAGUUUGUCUCUUUCUCGCAAAACAAUCAGACUCUGGCUAGCAGGUAUAGCACUGGAGGCAAUUUGGAUGUGGGGCUUCACCAGAAUGGGCCAUGUCCAAGUCAUCAUCCCGGGCCUGAUCAUCAAUCUUGCUCAGUGGUUAUGGCCUAUUCUGGAUGCAGAUGAGAGGGACUAUGUUAUCUUGGAACAGAUCUUAGUCACUCUGUCUAUCCUUGGAGCUAUCACUAUUUGCCAGGUGUACUUUCCUGAUGGUGUUGAGAAGGUCAUGAUCCUCAUUGCGGGAAAGGAUUAGGGACGGACGCGAGACGGGGACCUCGACGACGAUAUCACGAUUGACACGAACGCACGAACAUACUACUACGAGACUAUCACGCAUGUCAUGUAAAUCUGUACA